AUGCAGACCUCAAUCUUCUCUACCCUCGCUAUCGCUGGCCUUGUGGCAGCCAUGCCCCAACCCGAUGGCACACAGCCCACUCCCACCGGAACCUCGCCCACAGGCACCAGCGAGAGCUCUGCGCCGUCUGUGACCUGCAGCCCAGGACCCACUGUCGACUACACGGUGUCGUCCGGCGACACCUUGACCAUCAUCUCGCAGAAGCUGUCAUCCGGCAUCUGCGACAUCGCGAAGCUCAACAACCUCGCCAACCCGGGCUUCAUCACCCUGGACCAGGUCCUAAAGGUCCCCACUUUCCCCUGCAACCCGGACAACACCUCGUGCCUCGCCGAGCCCUCCGACGACAACGACUGCGUCGAGAGCGGCGACGCCACCCACACCAUCGUGUCCGGGGAGACCUUCUUCAUUGUUGCCUCGAGCCUGGGGUUGACGGUGGACGCCCUCCAGGCUGCCAACCCUGGCGUCGAUCCUCUGCUGCUGCAGAUUGGACAGGUCAUCAACGUGCCUGUUUGCAACACGGAGUUGUAG